UCCACCACAUUCAAUGAAGUAAACUUUAGAGUCCUGAAAUCCUGACAUAAGUUCUUGGGUGUACACUUCCUCUCACACAUGCCUAGUUAGCUCUGCCAUCCCCGUCACCCAUGUGUCACAGGAUCAUCAUCUUUAGCCCAUUCUCAGUAAAACCUCUCAGCGUGCUGCUGCUCUGUAGCCGAGUGCCUAGCCUUCUGUGCGGACCGUGAUAACUUUAUAGUGUAUCAGGCACUUGGGGACGGUUGAUACAUAUGUCACCCAUCUUCCUUUCCACCACGAUUUUGCUUUGCGUAUCUGUAUUAGCUUAAUUUUAGCCGAUUUUGAACAAUGCAGAGUCAUGAAGUAAAAUAAACUAAACUCACUUUUCUUGCUUGGUUUGUCCUCCAGAUUUGUUUGGCUUUACACAGGCAAUGCUCCCAAAGACUGUAUGAUAAUUCCUGGUGGCCGAAAGAGGAGGCACGUUGUGGCCAGUACAGAAAAGGAACAAGAACAGGAGGGCAAGAGCUUCCUACUGCCUCUCUGGCAGAGGUACCAAGUGCCUGUCUGCACCCAAGCAAAGUUUUCAGAAAGUGAGUGAGACUGAGAGCCACCUUGAGGCACUUGGAGAGGGGGAAGAGGACUGGUGCCAACAUGGAUAAGGACAGCACAAACCUGGCUGACCAGCAGUAUGAAUGUGUGGCUGAGAUUGGGGAAGGAGCCUACGGGAAGGUGUUCAAAGCCCGAGACUUGAAGAACGGAGGUCGCUUUGUUGCGCUGAAGCGGGUGCGGGUGCAGACCAGCGAGGAGGGGAUGCCACUGUCCACUAUCCGAGAGGUGGCAGUUUUGAGGCACCUGGAGACAUUCGAACACCCCAACGUGGUCAGAUUGUUUGAUGUGUGCACCGUGUCACGAACAGACAGAGAGACAAAGUUAACAUUAGUGUUUGAACAUGUGGAUCAAGACUUGACUACUUACUUGGAUAAAGUUCCAGAGCCUGGAGUGCCUACUGAAACUAUAAAGGAUAUGAUGCUUCAGCUGUUUCGGGGACUGGAUUUUCUGCAUUCGCAUCGUGUGGUGCAUCGGGAUCUGAAACCCCAAAAUAUCCUUGUAACCAGCAAUGGGCAGAUAAAACUGGCUGACUUUGGCCUUGCACGAAUCUACAGUUUUCAGAUGGCUCUUACCUCAGUGGUUGUUACUUUGUGGUAUAGAGCUCCUGAAGUCUUGCUUCAGUCCAGUUAUGCAACAGCAGUUGAUCUUUGGAGUGUUGGCUGCAUAUUUGCAGAAAUGUUCCGUCGAAAACCACUCUUCCGUGGAAAUUCAGAUGUUGAUCAACUAGGAAAAAUCUUUGAUGUAAUUGGGCUCCCAGAAGAAGAGGACUGGCCUAAUGACGUUGCCCUUCCAAGAAAUGCUUUUACUUCCAGACCCGCACAACCUAUUGAAAAAUUUGUACCAGAUAUCGAUGAAUUAGGCAAAGACUUGCUUCUUAAAUGCUUAGCAUUCAACCCAGCCAAGAGAAUAUCUGCCUAUGUUGCCCUCUCUCACCCAUAUUUCCAUGAUCUGGAGAAAUUCAAGGAGAAUCUGGACUGUCACGUGUCAUCCAGCCAAAACUCCAGUGAGGUGAAUGCAUCAUAAGUGCUGACUGAAGAUGAACCAUAAAUGAACAAGACAUGUAGCUGACAAGGCCACUGUCCCAUUCAAACCACGUAGCUGUCCUAGCGAGAUCAUUAUUUGGAGGUUUUACGCACUUAUCAUUUAUUUUGGGAUUGUGAUGUGCUUAUCCAUGGAAAUGAAUCUAGUUUACUUUUAUCAGAUCAAUGCAAGGGCCAGGGCUUUGACCUGCUCCUGUUGCAGCUUUAUGUUUGUUUUGUUUUUGUUUUGUUUAUCUACCUGGGAAAACUCCAGACGAAGAGAAGCUGCUGACCGGUUUUGCUGCCAUUUUAUCCUUCUAAUAUUGAAUGCUGCCAGUGUUUGAUGAUCGAGUCACUGCCAAAAUAUGAUGCAAUCUCUCUCUCUCUCUAGCUGCUGAAGCAUGAUUUGGUACUUUAUUAUUAUUAUUCUGUGAUAUUUAAAGAAUGGCAUUGAAAUACCAGAUCUCUGCAGCCUGCAGUUAACUGAUACAUGUGCUAAUACAUCCAGCUACUGUUCAUUCAUAGCAUAUAUGCAGGUGCUUCCCCACUUGAAAACUUGGAUGAAUUAAUUUAUCAUUUUGUUGCUCUAUAAAAAUUUAACAGUGAUGAUGAUGAUGAUAAUAAACGUCUCAGUUUUUAGGUUUUUUCAUACACAAACUAGUUAUUACCUAGCUAUGUGUUCAUGUUUCAAAGAACUGUCCUGUUACUGUUUCAAUUCCCAAAUGGUCUUUCUGUUUUUAAACGCAGACAUUUUCUAGUCCGUCGUCUAACCCAUCAUUCCCCUCUGGAAACAGCUGCAAGCAUAUUUUCUUCAUCUCAUUCCAAAUAAUUUUCUGAUAUCCAGCUCAAAGACAUGAGCAGAGCCAAUGAAAAUCAAUACAGAUUUUCACCUUCAACCUGUUCUCAUUGUCAGCCAAAAGCAAAAACAGAAAAAAUAUUUCUGGUUCAGAAGCAGAGAAUCCUAUACUUGUAAUAAGUACAGAGAAGUAUUUGUGCUGCAUUGUACUCUAUACUGUGCUGCCUUACCUGCACCCCCCAGUGCAUCACAGGUGUAUGAACAUUAAUGCUCAAAAUCCCUCACGUGUUGCUUACUAAGCAGGCUUGUAUUCUGUGCAGAAAUGCAUGACUUUCUCUCCUAAACCACCAUGUGGGGAUACUAGCACAUGCCACUCCACUAAGGUUAAUGUGCCAUUUUUGAAUGUCAAAAGAACCAAGCAAUUUACUUGUCUUUAUAGCACA